CGCUGAUCGAUUGAACAUGUGCGUUUUAGUCCUGAACGGCGUCGGUGGCGGCAAGUUUUAACAGUUUCCCUAAUCUGCUAAACGCUUUGAUCCAUCUCUCGUUUGGAUUCGGGUUCAACGCAACGCUCGCUCGUUCCGACCAGUGAACAUUCUGCAUGUUGAUGCGUAGUGUGCGGAGCCGUCGCGAUUUUUGUUGUUCUUGUUGUUGUUGUGGGGAUCUCGCGUUGCCGUGCGUUGGCUGCAGUCGACGCGUAGCCAUUGUUCGUGACAGCAAGAUCAAGUGGGAAGUUUACUCGUCGCUUGUUUAGUGAUCCGGAAAAGGGUGAUUAGCGAUCGCUGGUGAAAUUUAACUGUGAUUAGUGACCCGUGAAAACGUCAAACGCUUGGAAAUUCCUGAAUAUUGAAGAUCACGUCAAAAACAAAGAUGCAACAGUAGCAGUGAUGGUUGAAGGAUUAAUGCGUGAAACAUCAUACUUUUAAGCUUGAGUGAUCGCUCGGUGGUACGACAUCGUGACAACUGAAAGUGACCGACUUGUGAAUGAAACAUACGAUCAAGUGAGUGAGUGAAAGCCUUUGACAGAAAGAAAUAUCGAAGCCUGAUCGUGACAGUGAGUGACCGAGUGACCUUUUAGUCCGUGGAAGCUCGAGCAGAUUUUUUUUCGAGACCACGUCCGUUAAAAGCAGUCAAAAUCGUGCUCCAGUGGCAUAUUCCGGGCGAAAGCCCAUUCGAGCUCACCAAGAUUAGUAGCCUAUCGGAUAUCACCGGCGCGGGUGGCGGCAUGACGGUACCGGUGCAGCGAAACUCGAUGGCCGUGCUGCAGCCGCCGCGGUCCCGGUUCAUGAUCAACGAUAUCCUGGCCGGAAGCCAAAGCCAACACCACCACCACCACCACGCGGGUCAGAAUGGCAGCAGCGGGGGCGGUGGAGUCGGUGGCGGUGCAGAUAGCAUCAACGGCAGCAGCAGCGAAGGUCGAACGCCCAGCCCGGGGCCGCGGGAUCUGAGCAUAGUGCCGGGGGGACACCAUCUGGGGCAUCACCAUCCGGGAGCCGGCGGCCUAACGCCGGGAGCACAGCACCACCUGGGCCUGCACCAUCACCACCAUUACGGUGGCCACGGUCACAUGGUGGAUGACGAUGUCAAGAGUGAAAGUGACAGCGACGACAGCGGACCCCUGGACAGCUCCAGCGUUUGUAGUAACGGUGGCAAGGACGAGGAUGGAAACAGCAUAAAGAACGGCCUGGGACUGAGCGGAUCGUCCGGGUUGAGUAAAAAGCAGCGGAAAGCGCGCACGGCCUUCACCGACCACCAGCUGCAGACGCUGGAGAAGAGCUUCGAGCGGCAGAAGUACCUGAGUGUGCAGGACCGGAUGGAGCUGGCGAACAAGCUGGGGCUGAGCGACACCCAGGUCAAGACGUGGUACCAAAAUCGAAGAACCAAAUGGAAGCGGCAAACGGCCGUGGGACUGGAGCUAUUAGCGGAAGCCGGAAAUUACGCUGCUUUCCAGCGGCUGUACGGUGGGCCCCCGUAUCUAGGAGGGUGGCCAUAUCCGGCGCAGGCCGGUCCUCCAGGGGCUCCUCAGAGCGCAGUGGACGCGUACUAUCGGCACGCAGCAGCGGCUGCCGCCCUCCAGAAACCUCUCCCGUACCGAAUCUACCCGGGUGUCCCAGGACUUGGUACGCUAAAUACCAUCCCAGGCCCAAGCGCACCAUUCCCGCAUCUGUCGGCGUCCACGUCCUUAUCCACGUUGAGCAGCUACUACCAAGCCAGCAGUCAACAGGCGGCGGCGGCAGCGGCUGCAGCAGCCGCCGCGUCACAAAACACUCCCGGGAGUCCCGGCGCUGGCGCGGGCAGCAACGGAACCGUCGGCAACCAGAACAGCAGCGGCAACAACAUCCACGGCAGCAGCAAUAGUCUAAGUAGUCAACCCCGACGGUCGCCGAGUCCGACGCUAAACCCCGGAAGCCCACCCGGUCGGUCCGAGAGCAAUCCUCCCAGCGACGACGACGAUGAAAACAUACAGGUCUGAAAACCCGACGGCGUGAUACCGAAAGGCGACGAGGAACACUCAUAUACGUAUAUCUAGGAUCUUAACUGUGUAAGAAAGGAAAAUAGUGAUUAUUAUUUUUAAUAGCAUUUAUUUAAAGCAGAUAUUUUUUAAACGAGGGGUAAUUAGCGAAAAUGAAGGGGUGAUGGUUGAGCGGUGGUCGGAAGCGUUUUUAGUGAGGCCGUUUUAUGAAAUCGAUUCAGGAAGCACAAACGAGGGGUCCCUCGGACCAAAUCAAGACAAAUGUCAAACUUUUCAGCCCAGUGGUUUUUGAUCGAACCGAACGAACAUCUCCCAUCAUCGCCACCCAUCGUUCCGUUUCACUGUGCAUGUGGUUGGUGAGUGUAAAUAUAUCGAAGCAAGCCGAUAGAAGUAAUUCCGUGCAGCGAUAGCAACAGCAGCAGAAGCAAAGCCUACUUGAAAUAGCGAUUCUGUUUUCUUUUCUUUAAUUUGCCCCCAGAAAAUGUUAUCCGCGGUGCGCGUCGUUGUCGGUUGUCAGUAGGAAUCGACUAGUUUGUUUGCUUUUUGUUGAAACUGUACAGAUAAUGGUCAUAUAAUGUGGAUCAUCGCACCUUCCUCGGUAUGGGAACCCAGUGAAAUGCGAUCGGGCGGCGACGGCGGCGCAGCGAUGAGAACAGAAAGCGUAUUAACUGUAGUCUUUAAUUUAUGAUCAUUAGAGCGCCCGGAAGAGUUAUUAUUUAAUUAUUUUAUAAGUGUAAAAUUCCUGUGUAACAUUUGUGCCCCCAAUCAAUGCCCGUUGACUAAACCCCACGAAAAUAGUUCCGUUGUUUUAAUUUUAUUUUGACAGUUGUAAAAUUUGUUUCCGUUUCAACUAAUUGCUCAAUCUGCUGUUUCUCGAAACUCAGGACGGGAAACUUAGCGCCUAAUUGGAAAAGCCUAAUUCAAACAAAAAUCUAAAAACAGAUCAGAAUUAACACACAGUAAACCAGCAAGCCGCUAGCAACAGAUUUGCCAAACUCACUCGGAUUACAGAUUUGUACAGGUGAACCAGUAUUAAUGAAAAAUAAACAGCGGUGGAACGGAACUCGAAGUUUUUAGAAAGAAAAACAAAUUAAAACUCAACUACGCGAUGAUUCCAUCCUAGGUUAUACACUGAACUAAAAAUAAGAUAGCGAAUGGUAAAAUUCGAUGUGAUUUUAACCUCCACCAAAACUCAGCGCGCGGGGACGAAUGCUUGGGAAAACGGAUAGUUAGUUAUUGAAAGUUGUACAUAGUGAUUAUAUAUAUGGAAGAUUUAUGAGAAUAUUCCGUCAUAACUGUAAGUGUGAUUGGGGAGAGCCCAAUCCCCUGCUGUCACGUAUACACUGAAACACAGACACAACAAACAAGUCACAAACUUACACAUUCCGCUGAACAAAAAGAAACGCAUUCCAAACUUUGUAAAAGUUGAAGUGAACAUUUUCUCUGAAUCAAGAAACAUGUGCGACGCGUCGGUUCCGACGCGUUCAAUCGGAUGAUUUUGUCCUCCUAGUGCAGAACCACUGUGUAAAAAAUUCUGGAGAAAAACUCUUUCACAAGCAUACACACAUCUGAAUAACUGAAGAUGAAUGACGUUGGAAGUAAAAUGGAGCAUUACUGGCUAAUAAAUAUGAAAUUUUAUUGAAAAUCAAAAA